GCUGGCCCUCUCCGCGCUCGGCUUCUGCCUCAUGCUGCAAGUCAGCGCUAAGAGGCCCCCCAAGACGCCCCCCUGCCCGCCCAGCUGCUCCUGCACCAGGGACACCGCCUUCUGCGUGGAUUCAAAGGCAGUGCCCAGGAACCUGCCCUCGGAGGUCAUCUCCCUGACCCUGGUGAAUGCCGCCUUCUCAGAGAUCCACGAUGGAGCGUUCUCCCACCUCCCGCUGCUGCAGUUCUUGUUGCUCAACUCCAACAAGUUUACACUGAUUGGAGACAACGCCUUCACAGGACUGUCGCACCUGCAGUAUCUCUUCAUUGAGAACAAUGACAUCUGGACAUUAUCCAAGUUCACCUUCCGAGGACUCAAGUCCUUGACUCACCUCUCGCUGGCCAACAAUAACCUGCAGACACUGCCCAGAGACAUCUUUCGGCCCCUGGACAUCCUGAAUGACUUGGACCUGCGGGGCAACUCACUCAACUGCGACUGCAAGGUGAAGUGGUUGGUGGAGUGGCUGGCACACACCAACACCACGGUGGCGCCCAUCUACUGUGCCAGCCCUCCCCGCUUCCAGGAGCACAAGGUGCAGGACCUGCCGCUGCGGGAGUUCGACUGCAUCACUACGGAUUUCGUGCUGUACCAGACCCUGUCCUUCCCAGCAGUGUCGGCUGAGCCCUUUCUCUACUCCAGUGACCUCUAUUUGGCUCUGGCCCAGCCAGGUGUCAGUGCCUGCACCAUCCUGAAGUGGGACUAUGUUGAGCGGCAGCUUCGAGACUAUGACAGAAUCCCAGCCCCCUCUGCAGUGCACUGCAAGCCGAUGGUGGUGGACAGCCAGCUGUAUGUGGUCGUGGCCCAGCUGUUUGGUGGCUCUUACAUUUACCACUGGGAUCCCAACACCACGCGCUUCACAAAGCUGCAGGAUAUCGACCCACAGCGCGUGCGCAAGCCUAAUGACCUAGAAGCCUUCCGCAUCGACGGCGACUGGUACUUUGCCGUGGCCGACAGCUCCAAGGCGGGCGCCACCAGCCUCUACCGCUGGCACCAGAAUGGCUUCUACUCCCACCAGGCGCUGCACCCCUGGCACCGCGACACCGACCUGGAGUUUGUGGAUGGUGAGGGCAAGCCACGGCUGAUUGUGUCCAGCAGCUCCCAGGCACCGGUCAUCUAUCAGUGGAGUCGCACACAGAAGCAGUUUGUGGCCCAGGGUGAGGUGACUCAGGUGCCUGAUGCCCAAGCUGUGAAACACUUUCGUGCCGGCCGCGACAGUUACCUGUGCCUCAGCCGUUACAUUGGUGACUCCAAGAUCCUGCGCUGGGAGGGUACCCGCUUCUCGGAGGUGCAGGCCCUGCCCUCCCGGGGUUCGCUGGCCCUGCAGCCCUUCCUUGUGGGUGGCCGCCGCUACCUGGCGCUGGGCAGCGAUUUCUCCUUCACCCAGAUCUACCAGUGGGAUGAAGGACGACAGAAGUUUGUACGGUUCCAGGAACUGGCUGUGCAGGCUCCUCGGGCCUUCUGCUACAUGCCUGCUGGGGAUGCCCAGCUACUCCUGGCCCCCAGUUUCAAGGGACAGACGCUGGUUUAUAGACACGUUGUGGUGGAUCUCAGUGCCUAGGGUGGUGCCAAGGCCUCUGGGCUCCUCAGGGUGGCCACUGGAGGAUGGGUGGGGGCCUCUGUGAGCACCACGUGUGCCCGUGUGAAGACGCAAGGCCAACCUGCAUCCAUGCCCUUGCAUCUGCACAUGCCCAGUGUGCACAGGCACACCCUGUGGACUGGCCCAGGAGUACAUGCAUCAUCACUGCAAUCAGCAUGAACACCAGGCACCCCUGGGACACCUAGCGCCCAGUUCCUGUGACCCCAACCAUAGCCCCCCCUCCUCUGCAGCCUUCCCCAUGUUCUGCCCCCUGUCUUAUGCAUAUGAGUGGUGCAGGGUGCUGGGAGCGAGGGGGGCCGCACCCUCCCGUCCUUGUGCUUCUCCUGGCCCUCUGGCCUUUCCUGUUGGUGCUCCAGGCAUUGUUUACCUGCUCUUGCUCCCCACUGUAGCCCACGGCCAUAUCUGUCAUACUUCCCCGGGGGCACUCACCCCUGCCCCAACCUGUCUGCAUGCUCACAUGGACGCGGACAGACACACUCAGUUACACACUCACACGCCCGGUCUGCACUCCUUGUCUGUCUGUAAACGUGUUAGGGCACGUGUGCAUACAAGCAGAUUCAGCACUGCCUACCAGGCUCUCCUGUUACCUUGCCUCUCUGCUUGGAGGGGGCCCCCUUUGCUCACCCCCAGCGUGCCCCCCACCCAGAACUGAUAAGGAUGAGAAUGGUGGUGCCAGCUUCUGAGGGCCUGCUUGGCCUCCUGGGGGCAAAGCCCCUCUGCCUGAAGCAAUAACAACAGCAGCAAAAGCAGCCCCGGGGAGCUGCCGGGGUGUCUGUCUCUGUUCUCCUUGGCGUUUCCUUCAUGGCCCUGAAUCCCAGCUCACCCAUGGAUGGAAGACCUCCCGCCCCCCGCCUUCAACUGAAAGCCUCUCUGCCUUCCUUCCUGUGGCUGUUGCUUUCUCAGGCUUGGACUGUCCCCUGGUUCACCCUGUCUUUGGGAUGUGGUCCCUGAGCUGGGCAGGCUCCUUGGGUGGAUUAGAGAGCUGGCCAAGCUAUAAGCACCUGAGCUACCUGCAAGGGUGCCCAGAGUGGAGCUUGGCCUGAGGGCAUGUUGUAGCCCUGGCCCCCCCAGUCCACAGAGGCCCCCAGGAACACUGCCUUUCAGUGGACAGGGUAGGGACUGGUGGGAGGGGCCCCAUGAGCCUAGCUUCUGCUGCCCUCUGCUGUCUGCUGAGAUGCCAAGCUAGUGGAGAGGGAGUGGGCUGGGGUGGCCCUGCCCUGUGCCCAAGUGGUGUGAUGCUCCUUGUGGCAGGAUACCAGGGUACUGGGGGGCAAUGCUAUGAUUCACUUGCUUCAAAUAAAAAGCUCCCUCCCCAUAACCGGC